ACAACAUUUUGUACACAAUCUUCAUAUAAACAGAAAAUUCAAUCAGUAACGCUUUCAAGAAUCAAGUUUUACUAAUUAACCAACAUGGCCUCAAGGGGAAUAAUCAACACAAAUCUAGUUAUUCUCCUUGUGGCCAUGUGGUGGGCUAGAGCCACGGCUCAAUCAGACAGUUGCAGCAAUGUGAUCAUUAGUCUAGCUCCGUGCCUAAACUUUGUAAGUGGAAGCUCGUCGACUCCGUCUUCUUCGUGCUGCUCGCAGCUGGCGAGUGUGGUCCGGUCACAGCCGCAGUGUCUCUGUACUGUACUAAACGGUGGUGGUGCCUCAUUGGGGGUUACUAUUAACCAGACACUUGCGCUAGCACUUCCUGCUGCCUGUAAUGUGCAGACCCCUCCUGUUAGCAAGUGCAAUGCUGCUGAUGGACCUGCUAUGUAUUCUGCUGAUUCUCCUGGAGGUUUGCCAGGAGGAUCUAAAGCAACUCCAACAACUGCAGAGAGCUCUUCAGGUGGCCUGAACAUCGAUACGAUUCUUCAAAUGGCUCUCUUUGCAAUGUUCAUGGCAUCAUGCGGCUCUACUUUCAGCAGCUUCUUCUGACUUUUACCCGGGGCCGGUCACCGGUGUCUUUGAGCUUCUACAUAUCUAUACCUAUUUGAGUUUUUAUAUUUUGUGUGGUGUGCUUCGUUUAAUGUAUUGUAUGGUCUACAAAUUAAAGCUUUAAUUGCUUUUAAGUGUGUAUUGUGGGAGUGAUUUAUGAUUGCUUAAACUGUUGUAAUAGUCUUGCUUCGUUAUAUUUAUCAGUACAAUAAAAAGCAAGCUUUCGUUUGUGUU